CUGGAUAGCAGUUUAUAACAACAAUAUACUAUCAUUUCAUACUAACAACAUAACUAUCAGUGGAUACUGUGUAACAGGUAUGUACAGGUGUGGGAAGAUUUGGACACAUCGUCCGAAGUAAAGCUAUCGCACAACAGCUUAAUUUUCAAGCCACAGGAAGUCACUAUGUGGAAGCUCAUAUGGACCUGUGUGCUGUGUUGGUUAGGCUGCAUUUUUGCAAUACGCCAGCUGGAGAUUUCUGCAGGGGAAGUUGACCAUAUUCCUAUGUUUGGAAAUCUAGAUAAGCGCUCACAAAGAUUGUUUCAAAGGUUUGUGGAAAAGCCUGCAGACCAUGGACUCUUGCCAAGACAUAAGCGUAAUGUUUUUCUGUCCAGUGGAUUACGCCUCUGCAGUCAAGAAACCGUGCAGCAAGCUGUCAGUAACCACCUGAAAUACUAUCAGCUCAGAGCAUGUCAGGAAAUCGUUUGGGAGGCUUUCAAAAUCUUCUUGGAUCGCCUCCCCGAUCAGGAGGAAUACAAGAGCUGGAUGAGCCAGUGCCAGACAGAAAGACUCUCUAUACAGGAGAUUGGCGCUGCCUUUAGCCAAUCAGAAGAACACUUAGCAUUUAUCCACAGAAGUCUCAGGCAGACGGGGCUGAAAAGGUUUUUGUAUCAUGAUUGCCCUUUUCAUUUUAUUUUUUUAUACAGACCUGAGGAGUCUUCCCAAGAGCAAGACCAUGUGCCACCAGGUGAUGAGCUUGCCGCAGAGACCACUGUGGUGGUGACCACAGCAGUUCCACAUGAGGUUGUCUCAGAGAGCAAGAAGGAAGUUACUGCCGAAGCACCAUCUGCUGUCAUGACAGUGGAUAUGGAUACUAAGAUCACUAAUGAGAUUGAGCAGGAAGCAGCUGCUUCGCCUUCACGUCCUCUAGUUGAGCAGAGGGUGGAGCUUGCUAUGUUAUUGACUGGAGAACCAUAUAGUGAAGAGCUGUUCAACUCCACCAGCAGUGUGCAUAGCAGACUCACUCACAAGAUCACAGAAAAGAUUUCAGCUGCUUUGAAGAAACUGACAGAAUUCAAGAGCGUAUCGGUAUUGAACAUUAGGCCACAGAUGGAUCCCUCAAGUGGUGAUAAGGCAGUAUUGGUGGAAUAUGUUGUGUCCCUCCAGACAAGCAGUGAAGAGAUCAGCAGUGAAACAGUGGACUUCAUCAAUCUUCAAUCCAACAUGGUAGAGGGCACCUUUAGUUACUCAGAAGGGUCCACUGUUCAGUACACAAUUAUUGACAUCCACCCCAACAUCACUGAGGCUAUGCAUGUGGAAACCUCUCCAGAGGAAACCCAUCCUGCAGAAGAAUCUCCAGACCGUUACCACAAGACCAGCAGUGAGACAAUGGACUUCAUCAAUCUUCAAUCCAACAUGGUAGAGGGCACCUUUAGUUACUCAGAAGGGUCCACUGUUCAGUACACAAUUUUUGACAUCCACCCCAACAUCACUAAGGCUAUGCAUGUGUACAUCAUCAGUCUUUUAUUGUGUAAUGUUCUCUUGUCAGUGGAAACCUCUCCAGAGGAAACCCAUCGUGCAGAAGAAUCUCCAGACCGUUACCACAAGGAUGAUAUUUUAGCAGUAGAAAAACCAUCUGAGCUGCCUGGAGAGGUGAUGAAGGAGGUCUUUACUAUUGGCGACCUUUUGGAUUCUACAAUAUCAGAAGAAGAAGACUUUCAAGACAAGGACUUGGUGUCACAGUUUCCUUCCAACCAGACUUUUGCUGUGGAUAUUGAAGCUGUGGGUCCCAUUAUUGAUGCCAAGCAAGACAAUGGCUUGACAAUUGAUGAUUUUAAUCCUGCCUCUGGAUCUGGUGCAGAAGAUGAUUGGGUAACUGUACUUACUAGGGCUCAAGAGUCAGCUGGAGAAACAGAAGGUGAGGAAGAAGUUUUUAUUGAUGUAGACAAGCCACAGAUCGAGGACUAUGAAUUCUCCACAAUUACAACAGUGACUGAAGAGGACCAGAUCUUGCCUGAGGAAACUCCUGAACUGAUUACUGUUAAAGCUGGAGAAAACGGAAAUUUACAAGUUGGUAGAGAAGUGCCCACAAUGCCGCCAGUCAAAGGGGCUAAGGCAGAAUCUACCCUAAAACCUGAGGAAGACAUUUUAGUACCUGUAGGAGAAGAGAGGACAGAGGAAGUCAACGAGGAAGAAACAGUUUUAACAGAAAUGAGAAAGGAUGAGGAAACUGAAGUUGCUGUGAUUAUAAAGGAAGAAUCGGAGGAGGUUGAAGAAGAGGAACAGGAAGAAUCUGUUGAGAGUACCACAAUGACACAAGAAGAUGAUUAUGUACUUACAGAUGCUUCAGCAAUACAGUAUUCAGAGAAAGUUCUAACAGAGGAUGAGAUCAUAUUGGUCUCCAUUGAACCAGCAAGCCCAGUCUACCCAACUCCCUUUUCAACUGAGAAAGAAUCACCCCUCUCCUUCAUCACCACUAUUACCCCAGCGGAGGUGGAGUUGGUGCAUACCUUAAAUUCAGAAGUCAUGACUCCAUCUCUAGAUGUGAUUCAUUACAAAGAGGAAGAGGGUAGUGGCAUCUCUGGUGUCAUCCAGGGUGAUGAAGUUUCCAGCACAGCCUUGCCAACUAACCCCGGGCGGUCUUUGAUAGUGUUUUUCAGUCUUCGGGUAACUAACAUGAUAUUCUCUGAGGAUCUGUUUAAUAGGAGCUCUGCAGAGUACAAAGCCUUGGAGCAACGGUUUCUUGAACUGCUGGUGCCAUAUCUGCAGUCAAACCUCAGUCACUUCGAGAACCUGGAGAUCUUGAACUUCAGGAAUGGAAGUAUUGUGGUGAACAGCCGUAUGAAGUUUGGAAAGCCUGUUCCUCGUGGAGUCAGUACUGCUGUUUACCUCAUUCUAGAGGAUUUUUGCAACACAGCUUACCAGACCAUGAACCUCGCUAUUGACAAAUAUUCACUGGAUGUUGAAUCAGGGGAACAGGCAGACCCGUGCAAGUUUCAAGCAUGUAAUGGGUUUGCAGAAUGUACAGUGAACCAAUGGUCAGGUGAAGCUGAAUGUGUGUGUAAUGCUGGUUACUUCAGCAUGGAUGGACUACCCUGCCAAAGCAUCUGUGACCUUCAACAUGACUUCUGCUUGAAUGAUGGGAAAUGUGAUGUCAUUCCAGGCCAAGGAGCCAUCUGCAGAUGCCGUGUUGGGGAAAACUGGUGGUACAGAGGAGAACAUUGUGAAGAAUAUGUUUCUGAGCCACUCGUAGUUGGCAUUGCCAUAGCAUCUGUUGCCGGGUUCCUUCUGGUGGCGUCAGGAGUAAUCUUUUUCCUAGCAAGAACUCUGAGAGACCAAUAUGACAAGGAUGAGAUGGAGGACCCAGUACGAAGAGAGGACAGUCCACCAUUUCUAGACAUGGCCACUAAGUAUAACCCCAUGUUUGAGAGUAAUUUAACUACAAGCUACAGCCAUUACUACCAGCGGUACCCCGAGCCCCCAGUCCACAGCAGUGCCAGUGCCGAGGCAUCCACAGAGUUCAGCAGUGAAGAGAUACGCCAUAUUUAUGAAAACAGUGAACUCACUAAGGAGGAUAUUCAAGAUCGCAUCCGCAUCCUUGAACUCUACGCAAGAGAUCGUCAGUUUGCAGAUUUUCUGAAGCAGCAUCAAAUAACAAUGGAUAUUCAAAGAGAAAGUUCCUCCAGUAGUCAAUAGCUGCCCAAUGUCCAAUAGCCUGCUGAGUGCAAAAUAAUGAAGGUUAGUAAACAAUGUUAUGAGAACAUCAUGUUACAAUGUAACAGUAUGCUUUGUGUCUCCAGUGUUGCAUCUAGUGUAAACAUCAACGGAUCUUUAGGGCUUUUCAGACUUUUAUUAUUAUUAUUAUAUAUUAUUCUAAAUACAGUGUUUGUAUUGAUUUGCAUCAUUUUUUCCUCUUCCAGAAAGCUGGAUUGUCUUUCGGGAAAUGGCAUCUUAGUGAUUCCAGAGCAAUUUUUCUUCAGCCUCUCUGAGACUUUACCAUCACAAAUUAAAAUGGCUACAUUUGGACACUUCUUAAAAUAUGAUUCAAGAAAGAAAAGGCUAUUUUUGUUUCUUUCUUUUUUUGGUUAAAGACAAUUUUCUGUCAUAGAACGGGAUCUUGGUCACAGACAAUAUCCUUGUCAUUGUUUGAAAUGUGUUGUUAGUGCCUUCUAAUCUAAUCUGUGGCCCGUCUCUCAGACAAUCAAUCUUAAAUGUUAAAAGAAAAAUAUCCCUGAUGUAUUCAUCCUGAAAGUUACUUAAAUCACAGACCAUUAAUCUUGUAUUACCCUCUUAGUACAUUACCUUGUCAGAGAUUUUAUGCUCGUCUGUAUUGAAAUAAAUCAGACUGCUAAUUUUAAUUAUUUUUAAGACAAGUAAGCUCACUUGGUGGCCAUCUUGGAAGCAUCCGGGCAGCUAUUUUCUAAGUAGGUAAUAGUUAUACAAAUACAGCUUCUGGAUACUUGAAGAUUGACCAAAAUCAAAAAAGACAUUUUAAAUAAGUGGAAAAAUAUGACAGCAAUGUUGUCACAAAUAAGCUUGAAUCACAGGAUAAAAACGAUACCUCUAUCAUAAAGGUGAUUGGCUCUUUUAACUGAAAGUAGGGGCUUCCAUUCCUGCAGCUCCCAAAUUGAGCACUGCGAUUUCUCCAAUUUAUCUUUUUAAUGAGUGUACGUAAAAUCCUUCCAACAGUGAUUGUUGCAAUAAUGGACAUUUGUGUGUAUUUUUUUUACAUCUUUACUGUAUUUACAAUUGUAUCAGUUAAAGGGUAUAGUUUACUUACAGUAAAAACGGAAAAUACUGUCAUCAUUUACCUACGUCAUUGUCACUUGUGUAUCAUUGCUCUUUUGUUGUGUUUGAUUGCUUCCAUUGUCCUCAUUUGUAAGUUGCUUUGGAUAAAAGCGUCUGCUAAAUGACAAAAUGUAAAUGUAAUGUGUGUCAUUAAGUGAGGAAAUGAUUUGGCAGAAUUGUUUGUGUAAAUGAUGCCUUUGAGCUUUUUUGUGAGAAAUAAAACUUUGUUAUACAGGAGAAUUUUGUUUACAAGUUUUAUUACAUGCACUAAGGAAUUGUUGACAGUUAAGUAUGGUUUGUAUUGCAUGUUUGCCGAUGUGUGUUAUUGCAAUGUGAGGUGUCUAAGCAAUACAAUGUGUUUUGGGCUGAUGGCCUUCCAUGUAUCAGAGCUAAUUUAAGAGAAUAGAGAGCUCAAUUAGUCAAAGCAGAGAUUACAGAGCAUUACCUACUACAGCCUGUGCU